CAGGGACACCCAGGCUGGCUCAGGGCACAGAGUGGGGGGUGGCCGUGCCCCCACAGCCACGUCCCCGUGCCCGGCAGGGGAGCCCGAGUUCCGCUACGUGGCCGGGAUGCACGGGAACGAGGUGCUGGGCCGGGAGCUGCUGCUCAACCUCAUGGAAUACCUGUGCCGGGAAUUCCGGAGGGGCAACCCCCGCGUGGUGCAGCUGGUCACGGACACCCGGAUCCACCUGCUGCCCUCCAUGAACCCCGACGGAUACGAGACCGCCUACGAGCUGGGCUCGGAGCUGGCGGGCUGGGCCAUGGGCCGCUGGACCUACGAGGGCAUCGACCUCAACCACAACUUCGCCGACCUGAACACGGCGCUGUGGGACGCCGAGGACAACGACCUGGUGCCCCACGAGUUCCCCAACCACUACAUCCCCAUCCCCGAGUACUACACCCUGGCCAACGCCACGGUGAGCCCCCGAGACCCCCCAGUCUGUGCCAAUGCCAUGGUGAGCCCCCUGAAAGCCCCCACCGUGGACGGGGACUAUUGGCGGCUGCUGAACCCCGGCGAGUACGAGGUGACGGCGCGGGCCGAGGGCUACGAGGCGGCCACGCGGUCGUGCUGGGUGUCCUUCGAGAACGUUCCGACCCCCUGCAGCUUCCGCCUGGAGCGGGCGCGGGGGCGGCCCCGGGGGUCCCGCCCGGCCCCCGACCCAACCCUGCGGCUGCGGCGGCAGCGCCUGCGCCGCCUGCGCGCCCACGGCCGCGGCCACUGGCCGGGACCGGCACCGGGACCGUGA